GCUAGUUUGAUUGAAGAAAAAGAUGGUGAUCAAGUGUAAACGUUCAUGUGGGUUUUGGAUGGUAAUGAUAAUAAUAAUAAUAAUUAGUCAUGAAUAUUUGAUAAUAUUGGCGGAUGAUCUUGAUCUUGAUGGUGGUGGUGGUUGCAUUGAGGAGGAAAGAAAAUCUCUCCUGGAAUUCAAAGCUGCUUGGCUGCAGGCUGCAGGAGGAUUGAACUCCUUCUUAACUUCCUGGGUAGAUGAUGAUGAUCAUCAUGACUGCUGUGAUGGCAGCUGGGAAGGGGUUACUUGUGAUUCCGUCACUGGCCACAUCUUACAACUCCAAUUGGAUGGCAUUCUCUCCCAAGAAUCAGAUUUAAACUCUACUGGGAAGAGUAUGGAAGCAAUUGGAACAGGGAUUCAGAAGUUGUCGACUCUAAAGCAAUUGGAGGAUCUCAGUAUUGGCAAUAAUCAACUCCAUGCCAAUGUUUUGUCAUCUUUGAGUACACUUAAAUCUCUCAAGAUGAUUGAUCUAUCUAGAAAUCAUUUAUUCAAUGAUGCUUUUUCAUCUCAAGGUAACUUAAAUAGUCUUCUCAUUUGUACUUAUUUUUUUAAAAGAUGUUGAUUAUUUGAAUCUCCAAUCUAGGUUAGAACCAUUGUGCUUUAAAAUUAA